UAAAACAAAUACAUGUUGGAUACAGAACUUACAGACUUUAGAACAGGGCAUGAUCAGAGCUGCCGUGUAAAGGUUUGUUUUCUAUUUUCAUUUUGAGUUUAGCUGCACAUCCUUUCCAUGCCUAUGGCUUAUGACAUUAAUAUUGAUGAAUUACAUCACAGUUUUACUAUAAUUAUUUAUUUACCCCAGUACUCUUCACAGACAUACAAAUGAAUGGCAUAAAUGAUUUCUGCACACCUGGUUACAUCUCUUAUUAGAUCAUUUAGAACAAUAUUUUACUGGACUAUUGAUCGGAAGGUCGCUGGUUCAAGCCCCAACACUGCCUAAUUGGCACUGCUGGGCCUUUGACUCUCAAUUGCUUGCAUUGUAUGCGACCUUAAGUUGCUUUGGACAGAAAUCCAAAUUUAAAUGUAAAAACACUUGUGUUUUACCCUCCAACAGGUCUCCAGAAUCUUCCUAGCUGCAGGGUGUGAACAUGACGAAGAGCAGCAGGCGGUGCAGAUCUGCUCUAGCGAACAGUGCAGGUGGAGGUAGCAGUAUUAAUGGCUGUGUACAGACACAAACAUGCCGGGGUCGUUCUCUCCGCUUGUGGGUGUGUCGCGCACUCCCAGUGAUCUUGAUAUCACUGAUGGUGAUGUUCAUCCUGGGUUCAUACCUGUACAAUGACCCAAGCAACACUAACAUCCCACACCACCGAUCGGAUCUGUUUAGGGACAAGCUCACCCACAAGCCCAGGAAGUUAUCUUUGGCCCAGGUACGCCAGCUCGCUGCUCAAGUAGAUGGGACUCGGCUCUGGGAGACACAUCUGAGACCCAUGUUGAUUGAAAGAGUGCCAGGUACUGUGGGAAGCAAAGCGGUACGGCAGCACAUCAUGUCCCAGUUGCGUUCUCUCUCUGCGGGCUGGACGAUAGAGGAGGACUCCUUUCAGUCAGCCACUCCCAAAGGUACAGUGACCUUCAGCAACGUGCUGGCAGUUCUCGACCCAUCGGCCCCCCGCAGACUGCUCCUCGCCUGCCACCACGACUCUAAAAUCUUCCCCCAAGAUCCCAGAGAACCAAAGACCGUGUUUGUAGGGGCCAGUGACUCGGCCGUGCCCUGCGCCAUGCUGCUGGAGCUGGCAUCGGCUCUGGACACCCAGCUCAGAGCACUAAAACAGCAGAGACCUGCAGUGACGCUGCAGCUGGUCUUUUUUGACGGCGAGGAGGCGUUUGAGGAGUGGACAGAUACAGACUCUUUGUACGGAUCACGUCACCUGGCUGAGCUCAUGUCCAAAACACCUCAUCCUCCUGGUUCUACACACACCACUCAACUACAUUCUGUGGAUCUGUUCAUGCUGCUGGAUUUACUCGGUGCUGCAGAGCCGCUGAUUGUUAAUCAUUUUGAUAACACAGCGCAGUGGUUUGAUCGUCUUAUUGCUGCGGAGACAAGGCUGCACCGGCAGGGACUGCUGUCAUCCCAUCGCUCAGAACGGAGCUACUUCAGGAAGGAUUUUUAUCUGGGACCAGUACAAGAUGACCACAUUCCAUUUUUACAUCGGGGCGUGCCAGUGCUGCAUAUGAUCCCAACACCAUUCCCUCCAUUCUGGCACACGCUGGAGGACACAGAGGAAAACAUUCAUCGUCCCACGGUGGAGAACCUCACCAAGAUCCUGUCCAUCUUCCUGGCUGAGUAUCUGCACCUCUGAUUACACUAUGACUGAUUGUACUCUCUCAUAUGAAGAGGAUGUCGGAUUCUACCCUGAUGAUGGGUCUCCUGCUGGUCCACAGGAUCAUGUGGUGAUAUUUUAAAAACUGAUAGAAAACUGACUGAAGCUAAAAAGACCUCUGUUGCACUGCAUUGCGUUUGAGCCAUUGAUAUUUGAGCCAUUGAUAUUUGAGCCAUUGAUAUUUGAGCCAUUGACAAUUAAGUCUCUGCUCUGACCUGCAGCCCUGAUUGGAUUAAGAUAUGUUUCAUGCAAAUCCUGUUGGAGCUUGUAAGAGCAUUUUGAUUCUGCUGACACUGAAAGAUUUGUCAAGAUAUGUCAGUACUCAGACAUAGAGUAUUAAUUCACAAACAGUUACAUUGUGUGGAAGUUGCAAUAAUGACAUCCAGUCUGUUCUGUAGAUUCUAGAAUUACAGAUUCACAAAUGGACACUGGAUUGUGUUGACCAAAAUGUAUCAGUGCAGCAAAACAAAUAAAAAUCUAUGGCAUUUUUUGCCAAAAAAUG